ACAAUCAACAUUCAUACAGAACGAACAAAAAUAAAAGUGAAGUGUGAAAAAAUAUUUUGCAAGAGUGUAGUAAUGGAAGAAGGGAAAGGAAGAGUUUGUGUGACUGGAGGUACAGGGUUUCUUGGUUCAUGGAUUAUUAAGAGACUCCUUGAAGAUGGUUACACCGUUAAUGCCACUGUUAGAGAUGAUCCAGAGCGCAAGAAAGAUGUUAGCUUCCUCACAAAUCUUCCAGGUGCAUCCCAAAAGCUAAAAUUCUUCAGUGCUGAUCUAAGUAUCCCAGAAAGUUUCAAUGCAGCAAUUGAAGGAUGCAUUGGAAUAUUCCACACUGCUACUCCAAUUGAUUUGGAAAUGAAUGAAUCAGAAGAAUAAAUAUAGAAGUUAAUU